UUUGAACAGUUCACCUUACGUCCUCCUAGACGACUGGGAUUGGACAGAUCAAGUGUUCAAAAUCCGAUGACCUCUUCAGUGUUCAUUGAAGAGUUACUUUCAGAGAUUCCUGAGAUUGCUGAUGUAGCAAAGAACAUAAGCCAAUGUUGGCACAAACCUAAAGAAGAUGAGGUGGAAUUAUCCAACAUUCAGGACAGUGGUGAAGUCCCAAGGUGUCUGGAGAAUGUACAGAGAGAUGAUCUGGAGAUUGUUUUUCUUGGCACCGGUUCAUCUAUACCUUCAAAAUACCAAAAUGUCAGUUCCAUCUAUGUUAAUCUUUUCUCUAAAGGGGGUUUGCUCCUUGAUUGUGGAGAAGGAACCCUGGCACAACUCAAGAGGAGAUAUGGGAUUAAUGGUGCAGACAGUGCAGUUAGGAAUCUUAAAUGCAUUUGGAUUUCUCAUAUCCAUGCUGAUCACCACGCAGGUUUGGCACGGAUACUUGCUUUGAGACGUGAUUUGUUGAAGGGAGUAGCCCAUGAACCCAUGCUGGUUAUUGGGCCAGAGCAGGUUGGGGAGUUUCUCAAGGUAUAUGUAAAGUUAGAAGAUCUAGACAUGUUGUUCCUCGACUGUAGGAGCACUACUGGGUCUAAGUGGGAUAACAUGGAGGAUGACUCUGUGCAUGAUGAAAGUAGAGAAUAUAGAGAUCAUACUCUGUUGACUUCUCUUUCUGAAGACAGUUCUCUGUUGCGCUGUUCGAAAAGAAUGAAGCCAAGCACUCCAGUUGAUGACAUAACAUUGCUAAAGUGUUUCAAGAAAGUUUUGAGUGAAGCAGGGCUAGUGAGACUCAUCAGCUUCCCUGUUGUACACUGUCCUGAGGCGUUUGGUGUCAUCUUGGAAUCAGCAGAAAAAGUGAAUUGCGGGAAAGUAAUACCAGGUUGGAAGGUUGUGUACUCUGGUGACACGAGGCCAUGCUCACAAGUUAUAGAAGCAUCUCUUGGAGCAACAAUUCUUAUACAUGAGGCGACCUUCGAGGAUGGCCUGGUGGAGGAGGCUAUAGCAAGAAACCACAGCACAAUUAAGGAAGCUACAGAAGUCGGACAUUCUGCUGAUGCAUACCGGGUAAUAUUGACUCACUUCAGCCAGAGAUACCCAAAAGUACCUGCACUUGAUGAAGUGAGCAUGCAAAGAACUUGUAUUGCGUUUGACCUAAUGAGUGUAAACCUAGCAGAUUUGCCAGUGCUCCCUAAGGUUCUUCCGUACCUCAAAUUGCUUUUCAGAAACGUUGGUUAAUUUAAAUUUGAAAGUAACAUAUUGUAGACACAACUUCUUGAGUUAUGGACAAUUUUUAUUUUUUGAAACAACAAUUUUUAUUUUUUUAUAAGGAAAAUACCUCUCUCGAAUUCCUAAAAUGCAUUUACAUUUGUUGCUGAUACUAUCCUACGAAAAAAUAUGAAAAAAAGAAGAUAAGUAUGAAUACAUUAUAAUUUUAGUAAAAAUAAAGCUAGAAAUUCGUUAUGGUAAUAACUUGUCUUCAUUCUCAAAAUAUGAUGAGAGCUUCUCUCUUAGGGUGUCAACCUCAACAACCAUAGCUCCUUCAACCUGUUGACCAAAAGAAAAAAAAUAUACCCAUAAGAAAAACAGAACAAACACAAUUUCGAAGAUAUAUGAACAAAGACUAAUAGAGGUGGAGAUUUUAGCGGGUACAAUUUGAUAAGUCUACUGUUAACUCAAGAAAUUAAAUUGUUAAGUGGCAUAUAUAUAGCUUCUCUGAAACUUAAAGGACAUGGAGUAUGCCUCGUUUUCUUUUAAUUUAAGAGUUAAUAAAAGUUGUGACCUCUUUGAACUAUACUCAAGGUAUUUUGUUAAUUAAAGUUACCUUUUCCCGUUAGACCUUCCCCACCACAAAAAUAUACAUUAAACUCUAAUUCGUCUUAAAUAUUCUAAAUCGCUAAUUGUUGUGAUUUAUAGUAUAUUUUAUUUAAUUUCUAAAUAUAUUGUAAAUCUUAUUAUUAAAAAAUGAAAAUUUUAUGUCCGAUUCACACUCAAAAAAUAAUUUGAUUCUCGUACUCAACAUUGUAUCACAUAAAAUGAGACGUUGAAAGUAUAAAUGUUGGACGGGAUUCGGGGCAAAAUAUACCCCGCAACCUUGGGUGGGAUCUGGGUCAAUAAAAAUAAGGUAAACGAUUUUUUAAUUCAGUAAAUGGGAGUCUGUUAACGAAAAGGGCAAAUCUGCUCUAUGUGUUAGACGUUGAAGAUAUAUAUGAGCCACUUUUUUAUUUUUUAUU